AAGAUAAUUCUGGUGAUCUGAGAAUGUACGCGAAAUCUGUGAAAUCUACUACGAAGUACGCUAUAAUUGACGAAGAUGAAGUAGUGGGUAAAUGGAAAAAUGUUAGUUCUGACGACAAUGACGACGACGAUGUCGCACCCGCAACUUUUGUGCUGUCAUUUAAUUCAUAUGAAUCGAUAGAUUACACUGAAUUAGCUAAUGAAGAGAACUCUAAAAGAUGGAGGCCGAUUGGUGCUGAUGAGGACGAGGCACCACAAAUUGUACAGAAUUUAACAGAAUCCUUAGACAACGAUCCGGUAGAAGAUCCCAGUCCAAAACGGAAGAAACGUCGAACUCAUUCUUCAGACAAACGUAUGGCGUCUGGAUUAAGUGUUGGUUUGCAGACAGUUGAUGAAGUGAAAAGAGACUUGGAACGUAUCGAAAAAGAAACUAAGGACAAAUUAAAUAUGGAUCCUUCACGAUCCGGACGUGAUGCGGAGACUGUAUAUCGUGAUAAAUAUGAUGAUAAAGAAUUAAACGAGGAACAAAAAUCAAAAGAACGUUGGAAUGAUCCAGCUGCACUAUUUUUAACUAAAAAAAGUAAAAAAAAAGAACCAAGCCGUCCUAAGUAUCAAGGUCCACCUCCACCUCCUAAUCGGUUUAAUAUACCACCAGGUUAUAGAUGGGAUGGCAUAGAUCGUUCUAAUGGAUUCGAAAGAGCGUACUUUGAGAAGCGUAACGCGAGGUCUGCAAUGGCUGGUGAAGCUUACAGCUGGUCAGUUGAAGACAUGUGA